CAGAAGAGGAUAUUUGGAAAUUGGCCAAGUCGUACUACUUCACUUAGUUGUGUGUCCUCAAGACUACAUCAACUUAAAUUAUAGGAGAGCUUAGGAGGUUAAGCUUGGAGAAGAGGAAACCAUUUUCACUAUGCAUUACUUGGAGACCAAGGAAAUUAAUACUUGUUGAUCAAGUUGAUGACAUAAGUAAAGCAAUGCUGUCUCUCUCUCUGGCAGCUAAUUAAUAAAUUAAGUAUCCAAAGUCUCAUCUUCAUUACUAUAUAAUACUAAUCUAUACUGGAGAUAUAGAAGAUGAGAUUAACAACUUAGAUCUUUCUUUCUUUCUCCCGUAUACGCCACAAAUUAAGCAGUUGAAGAAUGGACAGUGCAAUGGCAUUGAUGAGUUCCAACAUCAUGACUCUGCCUUGUGAAGUCUUGGUGGACAUACUCACUAGACUUUCACUCAAACAUGUCCACCAACUUCAAACUGUUUCAAAGUUAUGGUUCAAAAUCAUCUCUAGUCCACAUUUCAGAAAACUCUACAACAUGAAAUCCAUGACUCGUCCUCGAGCACGUGUAGUUCAAGUACCUGACACCAAGUGUUCACCGAACUGGGAAGUGAUUAGUCGAACCAUCAUUAUAUCGGCUAUGGACUUCAAUAUUGACAACAGUGAGAUCCAUGAAGAAUUCAGUUUUGAGGAUAUUAUUGCCCCUCAACACUCCUUCAUCAUAUCAUCCAAUCUCAUCAUUUUCAAUCACAAGGUAUGCAAUCCUACAACAAAAGAGAUCAUAGACAUUCCAAUAUCAAGUCAUCCAUCAAUUAGUUUCGAUGCUACGUAUAUCCCAUCCAACAAUACAUACAAGAUUGUCCAUUUAUAUGGUACCAAACCUGGCCAUGACUACACCUUCAACUAUGGUGGUAUCCCUCUAGAGUUCCGAUUUGAGACUCUUACACUACGAGACGGAGGACCAAUUCCUAGUUCUUGGAAAGCCCUGACACACCAAGGAUGGUUUUAUAGUAAGAUAGAGUCAACAUGUGUAAAUGGUGUAGUUCAUUGGUUGCUUGAAAGAGGACCUCAAAUGGAAAGGCGUAUUAUUUCAAUGGAUAUUGAAAGUGAGGAUUUCUUGAGUUCCAUUGGUUGCCCUAAUAAUCCAUAUGUGGAAGAGGCACCGAUAUUCGAGAAUGUCCAGUUAGCAGAUUUGAAUGGGAGGUUAUGUUUAGCUUACUACUCAGAAGAAUUAUUCAGGCUGGAUCUAUACAUUGUCAAGGAUCAGACGAACCAAGAAUGGGUAAAGGAACAUACUAUCAAUUUAUCAGGUAUGGGGAGUUGGUUCAAAAUAGUGGGGUAUGUACAAUUACAAGGUAACAAUGGAGACAUUGUUAUUGAUGGUAAACAACUUAUCCUCUACAACAUUGAAGAGAACAGGUUUAGAAGUCUACCUAGGCCUAAAAUGAAGAUUCAUAUUGGCUUGUACUUUGAUAGAUGUUUCAAGUUAGAAAGCACAAAACUAUCUAUGCAACCAACUGUAGAUUUUCUAUCUAAUUAAUGGAUCUUUGUAUUAAUGAACUUGUACUCUAAAUGGAUUUGAGUCUUCUACCUAGUGAAAUUUUAGCUAUGUAGUUCAUUGAAAAGGGAUGCAAAAUGGUUGAAAGAGACUUUGUUAAGGGAAAAGACAUUGUAAAACCAUUAAGUUAGUCAUAUGGAACUCUGUCACCUAAGAAGUAGAAUGUGGAGGUUUGGGUAUCAAGAAUCUAAAUAUGCAAAUAGGAGUCUCUUGAUGAGAUGGUUGUGGAGAUUUAGGGGGUCAUUUGGUAGCUGAUUAGGAGGUAAAUUGUUCAUGUAUUAAACUAUUGCAUAAGUAAUAUCAUGUUUC